AUGCCAGUUUCAACUGCAUCUACAACUCCGUUAGGAGAAUUACUGUCUGAGAGAGCAAAAUCGCGUGUUAACAUUCACUUUACCGGAUUGGCAUGUGAAGGUGUCGUUCCUCAUCCUGAGCCGGUUUCUUUAGCCGGAGGUAUGCCAAAUGUAGGUUUAUUUCCGAUCAAGCAAAUAAAGCUCGUGUAUUCUGAGACACCUUUUGACAUUGAAAAUAGUGACGAAAUUGUAAUAGAGCGCUACGAAGCAGAUAUAGAAGGAGAUCAAGACAGACUGUUAUCCCUAGAGAGAGGACUUCAGUACGCAAAGGAGAUCGGGCAUACACCAUUGCUGGAAUUCUCCAGAGAGCUUAUUGAGGAGGUCAAUCCCCCAAAAUAUGAUAAUUGGGAUGUCAUCAUAAGCUGCGGAUCAGGAGAUUCUUUGCAUAAGGUUUGUAAUUUGUUAAUUAAUCCAGGAGAUACUGUUUUGGUAGAAGAAUACACUUUUGUACCUGUUGUCGCUCUGAUUAGGAAUUAUGGCGGAUACGCUGUGCCUGUGAAGCUCAACUUGGACCCGCAGAGGGAAAAAGGAGAGAAAAGACCCAGUGGUUGCAUUGAUGUCCCUGAACUGGCUAAUCUCUUGGAUUCUUGGGAAACGGGUCCUUACAAAGGCUUAAGAAAACCAAAAUUCCUUUACACAAUUCCAACGGGUCAAAAUCCAACUGGUCUUGUGCAAUCAAUGAGUGAUAGAAAAAAAAUCUUAGAAAUAGCUAAGACUCACAACUUUGUUAUUUUAGAGGAUGAUCCGUAUGGCAACAUCGCAUAUCCAGAUUAUUCUACUAACAAGGAUUUUUAUGAGAAAGAGGAAAAUAGAAAUGCGGCAAAAUAUAUGGAAGAAAUGCUCUACAAGUCAUAUUUAACUUUGGAUACUGAAGGGAGGGUGAUUAGAUUGGAGACAUUCUCGAAAUUGUUUGCUCCAGGUUUAAGAUUGGGAUUUAUUGUAGCUAAUAAUUUAUUCAUCAGUCAGAUCGCCAAGCACACUAACGCAUCAACAAGAGCUGCCUCAGGCGUCUCUCAAACUGUGUUAGCGAGUAUGCUUUACUCAAAACGCUGGCAAGGGAUCGAAGAUUCGAGCGCUUCUGAGAAAGCCUUAUCUGUAAAGGGGGCGGUCAAUAAUUGGUUAACUUGGGGUAUGAAGAUAUCGAGGGCGUACACCGAGAAAAGGAAUCUCAUGCUGGACAUGUUAUAUUCCCACGAAAUUUUUACUAAAAAAGGAUAUGCUACUGUAUUGGAGCCUCAAUUUGGUAUGUUCAUGGUUAUACGUUUGAAUUUGUCAAAAAUCACAAAUGAUUCUACUAGAUACCGUGACCUGAUGCAUAUUUUCAACAUUAAAACCCUCGAAAAGGGUGUUCAUGUUGUUUUAGGAUUGAAUAUGGCUUUUGAUCCCAAGAUCGCAGAAAGCGAAAGAAGUUGUUUCUUAAGGUUGACUAAUGCAAGUGCAGCAGAUACUAAGCUUCUUAGGGUGGGCAUUGAAAGGGUAAUUUCGUGUAUUACAGAGUUAUUUGAAGAGAAUUUAAACACACAAUAA